AGUUUCAAUUUUUCUUUCAGUCAGUGUGACAAUUUGGCAAACAAAUGCAAACAUUUUUCGAUUCAGUGACGAGUGAAAAAGUGAAAUUCUAUCAUUUGUGUUGUUUCCAAAAGAUAAUGUUUUUAAUUAAAGCAGUAUUAUCGUACCUUUAGUAGCACAGAUUUAAAUAUAAUAUUUCAAGAUGAGGAUCCUAAGUAUUUUGGGUUCCAGUAUCUUUCAAAUUCUUUCGUUUAUUUUUGUUUUGGGUUAUCUUCUCGGUGUUUUGAAUUUGUACUUUAGCGACAAAAAUAACUAUUGUAUAAUGACUUAUAUGUUCGAGUAUCCACAGUUCGUGCGAUUGACCGUUCCGGAGAAUAAGAUGUAUCCGCAAUAUGGAUUGUAUGCAUACAGUGAAGGAAGAUUUACUGAAAGAGCCAGAAAAAUGUGGUUUGAUGGUGUCCCAGUGCUGUUUCUGCCCGGAAACUCAGGAAGUCAUAUGCAGGCCAGAUCACUUGCCUCCGUGGCACUAAGGAAGGCUCUUUCAAAGGGAUACCAAUAUCAUUUUGACUUCUUUUCAAUCAGUUACAAUGAAGAGUUGUCCGGCUUAUACGGUGGGGUGCUUCAGAGCCAAACUAAGUUUGCAGCAGCUUGCAUUUCAAAGAUCUUGAGCUUAUACAAGAGCAAUAGGUACACAAAAUCAGUACCAACAUCAGUCAUACUUAUUGGACAUUCCAUGGGAGGACUCAUAGCAAAAAGGUUAUUAGCCUACCCAAGUACCAUUAAUGCGACUUCAAUAGCCAUUUCUUUGGCGGCUCCGUUAGAAGCACCGGUCGUCAAUGUGGAUGCAGCAAUGGAUGACUACUACAUGCUAAUGAACCUAGAAUGGGACACAUACAUUAACAAAAAUAUAGAAAUGAAACAAAACAAAGUAUUGAUCAGCUUUGGGAAUGGUCCUCGCGAUGUUUUAAUACCCUCCGGUUUGACGUCAUCUAAUGAUAGUUUUAUUAACGCUUUGACAACAGCAAUACCUGGUGUUUGGACAUCACCAGACCACGUUUGCAUAGUUUGGUGCAAACAAUUGGUGAUGGUGAUCAAUCGAUACCUGUUCUCUAUCGUGGAUCCCAUAACGGAACAAGUUGUAGAAGACCAUCAGUUGCUCAAGUCGCGUGCUGUACAAUACUUUCAGGCCAAUCGUUCGAUGACGCUAAGUCCUGAUAUUCCUCGCGCGAAUGUGUCUAUGGUCGCGGACGCUUUCUGGUACGAAGAUAAUAGAAGAAUUUAUCAAAUAUCGCGACCACAGAUUGAUAAAACGACUUAUCUGAUGAUCCGACUGGUGAAGUUCCCACAAAACCGUUUCGUGGCCGUGGAAGCGGUCAAUGUCGACGAUAAGGAAUGGAUAUUCGGAUGCAAUGCCAAGUAUACGUACUUCUCUUAUAGAUACUGUAAACAUGCAGUCUCAUUGUCAGAACUGAGUCGAUGGACAGGUGCCGCCAAUGACUUCGGCAAACGUAAAUUAGCUACGAUAAACUUGCACAAAAUCAAAGAGGAAUACCCUGAUUGGUCGCACGUAAUUGUCAAAGUUUCGCCUACUAAGAAACCGAUAGUGUUAAACGUCGAUGUGAACGAUUACGCGUCUCGUCAGAUCGAGGUGGACGUACCCUCAGAUCUGCAGUUCGGCAAGUUCGAAAUACUCAAAGAGACUGAACAGGACAGUUUAUACUAUGAACUAGUACUGAAAGACUUUAAUACAUUGCAUCAAGCGUACUUGCUACAUGUUGAACCGACUGCGAGUUGUAAAGCUACGCAGUUUCAUGUGUCCGCUGAAUUGCAUGUGCCGUGGGCACCUAACCAUGAAAACUACCAUUAUUUUACACAAACAAAACAAUCUCCGAUGAAGUUAAGGCUUUACAGAAGUAAUCCCAAUAUCACUGAGGGUUUAGAUGCUACGGAAGAUGUGAAAGUCACACUGUUGUUGGACCCACAGUGUACUUACAGUAUUAGUAUAUCAACAUCCUGGUACCUCCGUCUCGCACAAAUAGCUCGGAACUACAGCCCAGUGAUAGUGCCUUAUGCCACAGCUAUAGUACUAUUGGCAGCUAGAAGCAACAUAUUGCAUUUACAAGACCAUGGAUCCUGUGUAUCGUUGCAUACAACCUUCAUGAGUGAAGGGGUCAAGCCGUAUUAUGCGCUUGUGUUUGGAAGAUUGGGGGCUACUGUUUUUCUUUCAAUUCCUAUACUAUCGUUCAUGUUCGAGAACGCUAGCUGGCAGAAUCAAGAGUUACGGUACUUCGUGAAGUCUCUGCUAGUGUUGCCAGCCUACAUGACAGCUUUAGGCAUAUUGAAUAUAAUGGCAGCUGCAGUGUUAGCAGUCAUGGUGUUCUCUUCGCAGAUCGCGCAUAGACUACUGUUUAGAAUAAUGUGGCGCGGAGGCAGUGGUUUAGCUGAGAAAGUGGCAUCAGGUCUACAAAAGGUGCCCAUGGUGGUGAGCGCAGGACUUCUGUGUGCGGCGCCCCUGUCUUGUGGAGCUGCCUCACUCGUCGCUGGUGCAGCUUUCUAUGCGUUUAUGCUCUCGAAAAUGUAUGAAGAAUACCUAGAAGAUUACGUAUACAAAAUAAUGGCGAAAAUAGGCUCCCGAAUAUGCCGUAUGUUUAAGAAGAACAAAACUAAAGAGGCUGAAACUAGUUUAGUAAAGGCUGAUGAACAUUCUAGUCAAAAUGGAAUAGAGAACAAAGGAAAGGUGACGUCAGAGAAAGGUUGCCAAGCCAAUGCUAAGAAGAAUGAGAAUAAUUUGGAUGUCGAUGAAGAUCUGAGCAGCUUGAACUUCCACAUGAUGAUGUUUUCCAUGUGGCUUGCUGUCACUAUGGUUAAUGUGCCCGCGUUAUUAACGUGGGCUAGGAACUUUUCAUACAGUAUUGUGCUAAAACCUGAUACGUCGUAUCACACGGGAUUGGUAAUGUCUGCAUGCUCAACUUGCAUUUGGCAAAUGAAUGGUCCUAGGAGGAAUUUGAGACACUACGAGUCGGUCGCAGCAUUACUCUUCACAAUGGCAGUAUUCAUACUAGCUUUAGGACCUCUAUCUCUAACCAUCGUCAACUACGGCGUAACAUUCAUGUUCGCCGUUAUCACGGUACAACAAGUCUGCGAUAAAGAAGAAAUUCUACCCUCAAAACAAAAUACUCACAAACCAAACAUUGAUGACGAGAGCGAAACUUCGAAUAUAGAACACGAAUUCAGUGACAAAAGUCAAGAAGAGAAAUGCGAUGAAAACAGUGAAAAAACAAGUGAGAGCGGAAUGGAAGACGCUCUUGAAGAUUGUGAUAUGUGCAAUGAAAGUCAAAUAUUCAAUGUUAUAAAGCGCCUUAGAGACAAAGUGAAUUAUAAUGAAAAUUUAUAGUGUACUCUGUUGCUGGAACAUAGCAAUAAUAUACGAACUCUUUAACAACACUUCCAGGCGUAGUGCGUUUAGAACAUGUGCCUUAUUGGAACACGUGUUUGUGUGAUAGUUCUAUGCCUGUUGACUGGUUGAAAUGACUAUCAAGUCAAAAAUACGCAGUGAAUCUAACAAAUUUUAUUCGAAUUUCGGUACAGAAACACGGUCGAGAAGUACGGUCUCGAAAACAAUUUUAUUACUUUUCCAUGUUUGUAUUUUACAAAAUGAAUUCAGAAUAUUUUUGUAAUAUGAAAUAUAUUUUAUCCGGUUAUAGAGGA